AUGAAGAGGCUAGCAGCUCGCCGCUAUGCUGGCUUGCUAAUUCUCUCCCCUCCAGCUGCAGCCGCAGCCCAUCCAGCUACAACCCAUUCUGAUCCACAGAGUCAGACUGCAGACUGCAGCCAGGAGAACGGGGCCUUGGAGGACAUGGAGGAGGACAUCAGCCUAAAGAAACGGAAAGGUGAUCACCAUGGCGACAAAGACUCUGAGUCCCGAGACUCCGGCCAGGAGGCUGGAGGUGAAAAGGUCAAGAAACGCCGAGGUAGACCUCCGGCAGAGAAACUGCCCCCCAACCCUCCCGAGCUCACCAAGCAGCUUAACACACUGGUGGACAUGGUUAUCAACUACAGAGACGGGUUGGGCCGUCAGAUCAGCAAAGGCUUCGUUCAGCUGCCUUCCAGGAAGGAGGUGCCAGAGUACUACGAGUUGAUCCGCAAGCCUGUGGACUUCAGGAGGAUCAGGGAGCGUGUGCGCAAUCACAAGUACCGGGGUGUGGGAGAUCUGGAGAAGGACAUCAUACUACUGUGUCACAAUGCCCAGACCUUCAACUUGGAGGGAUCUCAGAUAUUUGAGGACUCAAUCGUUCUCAAGUCUGUGUUUGAGAGUGCACGACAGAGGAUCGUCAUUGACGAUGAGGAGAAAAAGGACAGCACUGCCAUCUGUGACGAUGGAGGUCGAGACAAUCAGUUUGGUUCAUCAGAAGUGAAAACGGUGACAAAGCAGGUGAAACAGAGGAUGAAGAAAGAGGAGCGGAGCAGAAAGAUGAAGGUCAAGAAGACAGUCUACAGUGAUGUAGACAGCGAUGAGGAUCUGGAGGACAAUAGAGCUAAAGAUGAGGGUUGA